GUUAGUCUAAGAGGAAAGAGAAAAGCAGCAAACCCAACCUAAGCAACGAGCGAGAGAGAAGGAAUUCCCGAACUUGAGCAAAUAAUUAACCCAAGCCUAAGCAACGACUCUAGGAUCUCAAUCGGCGGCGAGUUUUAGACGGGCGACGAGUUUAGGAACUUUAGGCGACGGUGAAUGUGGUGCUGGUGCCGUGGGUAUCAACUGGUGGCUUCAACGGCUGAGCAAGUGGCUACUGGGGAAAUUACGAUGAAUAAAUCAAAAUUGGGGAAACCGAAUUAGAGUUUUGAUUUAGCUCAUCUUCAUCCCCUCUGAUUGUUGAACAAAACUUCAAAAAAGGUGGUCACUUGCAGCCUGUAACUAACCAUGGUUAACAAAGAUGAAACGUUCAUGAAAAGAGGCUUAACUGCCGUGAAGACCAACCUUGCAAGUUUAAUCUCACACAUGUGUUUACUUUGUCCACAUGUAAGCAAUCUAGCAUUUUCCAACUGAUGUGUCACAUGUUUUUGUGCAAAUAUUUACAAUAGUGCCAUCCGAUAAACAAAAGAUGUUUAUCUAGGAGAUAAAUGGGGGCUUCUGGUGAGGGGUAGCUCAAGUGGUUAGAGUUUUCCUCCCGAUUUCUGGAGAUCUUGGGAUCGAUUUUCACCCCGCCCUCGUGACUCUAAAAAAAAAAAAAAAAUGAAGGUGACCCCGUCAACAAAAAAAAAUAAUAAAAUAUAAAGAGAUCGACCUACAAAAAUGGCAGUUGGAGUUGGAGCAAUUUCACUUACUGCUUCUUCAACCUCUUCCUUGAAAUUGUGCUACUUCCAUCAUCGUCGUCGUCAUCAUUAUCGAUCAUCUUCAUUUUGUUUUCCAAGCUCUUGGAUCAAAAAAAUCAGUUGCUAUAAGCUUGCUUGUAGCAUGGAGGGAAUCGACAGGAAGGGAAUGACAAGUGAUGUCUGUUCCGGAACUAUGAUUUAUGAGCCUAUAUUAGAAGAAGGCGUCUUUCGAUUCGACUGCUCAUCUGAUGAUAGAAAUGCAGCAUUUCCUAGCCUCUCAUUUGUGGAUUCUAAAGUCAGAGACACACCUCUGAUGAGUGAAAAACUUCCUUUCUAUAUACCUACAUCUGAGUGCACUCUAGGGCAACAAGUUGUUCGGCUUCAGCUUCCUGUCGGUACAUCUUUUUAUGGAACUGGAGAAGUCAGUGGACAGCUUGAGAGGACAGGAAAGAGAGUCUUUACCUGGAAUACAGAUGCUUGGGGAUAUGGUCCGGGUACAACGUCUUUAUAUCAGUCACAUCCCUGGGUUCUGGCCGUUUUGCCAAAUGGGGAAACACUAGGUGUGCUUGCUGAUACAACACAACGCUGUGAGAUUGAUUUACGGAAGGAAUCUACCAUAAAGUUUGUUGCACCAUCAUCUUACCCUGUUAUCACAUUCGGGCCAUUUUCUUCCCCAACGCAGGUUCUGGUGUCUUUAUCUCAUGCAAUUGGAGCUGUCUUUAUGCCACCAAAGUGGUCACUUGGCUAUCAUCAAUGUCGAUGGAGCUAUGAUACUGAUAAACAAGUUCUUGAGGUUGCUAAAACUUUUCGAAAAAAGGACAUACCUUGUGAUGUGAUCUGGAUGGAUAUAGACUACAUGGAUGGUUUUCGUUGCUUCACUUUUGACGGUGAGCAUUUUUCAGACCCAAACUCGUUGGUGAAUGAUCUUCAUCUUAAUGGUUUCAAAGCUAUCUGGAUGCUUGAUCCUGGAAUCAAACAUGAAAAGGGUUACUUUGUUUAUGACAGUGGAACUAAAAACGAUGUCUGGAUCAAAACUGCUGAUGGGAAACCUUUUUUAGGUGAAGUAUGGCCUGGACCUUGUGUCUUCCCUGAUUUUACACAUUCAAAAGCUCGAUUAUGGUGGGCAGAUUUAGUGAAAGACUUCAUUUCCAAUGGUGUUGAUGGUAUAUGGAAUGAUAUGAAUGAACCAGCAAUAUUCAAGGUAGUGACAAAGACAAUGCCUGAGAGCAAUAUUCAUGAUGGGGAUCCUGAGUUAGGCGGCAGCCAAAAUCAUUCAUACUACCACAAUGUCUAUGGGAUGCUCAUGGCUAGAUCUACAUAUGAAGGCAUGAGAUUAGCAAAAGAAGAUAAGCGGCCAUUUGUUCUUACUCGAGCUGGAUUUAUAGGCAGCCAAAGGUAUGCUGCAACAUGGACUGGUGACAACCUUUCAACUUGGGAACACCUUCACAUGAGUGUUCCCAUGGUACUUCAAUUGAGCCUUAGUGGACAACCUCUUUCAGGUCCAGACAUAGGUGGAUUUGCUGGUAAUGCCACACCAAAGCUAUUUGGAAGGUGGAUGGGUAUUGGUGCCAUGUUUCCAUUUUGUCGCGGGCAUACUGAGAAGAGUACAGAUGACCAUGAACCUUGGGCUUUUGGUGAAGAGUGCGAGGAAGUGUGUCGUCUUGCUUUGAAGAGACGCUACCGGCUUAUACCACACAUAUAUACUUUAUUCUAUCUAGCACAUACGAGGGGAACUCCAAUUGCUUCACCAGCCUUUUUCGCAGAUCCAAAAGAUAUACACCUUCGUACAGUUGAGAAUUCUUUCCUGCUGGGACCACUUCUUAUACAUACAAGUACUUUGCAAGAUCAGGGGACAGACCAGAUACAGCCAGUGCUGCCUAAAGGCAUUUGGUUGAAGUUUGACUUUAAUGAUUCACAUCCGGACUUACCCUUGCUGUAUCUCAGAGGAGGAUCAAUAAUUCCCUUGGUCCCUCCACAUCAACAUGUUGGGGAAGCUAAGCCAACAGAUGACUUAACACUUCUUGUCGCUUUAGAUGAAAAUGGAAAAGCUGAAGGUGUACUAUUUGAAGAUGAUGGUGAUGGAUAUGAAUUCACUAGAGGGAAUUAUUUAUUAACUUAUUACACUGCUGAACUCCACUCUUCUGUCGUUACUAUAAAAGUUUCUAAAACUGAAGGAUCCUGGAAGAGGCCAAAACGUCGUCUGUGUGUGCAAUUGUUGCUUGGUGGAGGUGCAAUGAUUGAUUCCUGGGCCACUGAUGGAGAAGAAGUGCAGAUUACCAUGCCAUCAGAACAUGAAGUUUCUAACUUGGUCUCAGUCAGUCAGAAGCAGUAUCUGACUCGUAUAGAAACUGUGAAGCGUAUUCCAGAGGUUGAACAUACUGCAGGAAAGAAGGGUACUGAACUUUCAAUGACUCCUGUUGAACUAAAAGGUGGUGACUGGCUUCUUAGAGUGGUUCCCUGGAUUGGUGGUAGAAUUAUUGCAAUGGAGCAUCAUCCCACAGGAAUACAGUGGCUCCAUAGCAGGGUUGAAACUGAUGGCUACGAGGAGUACAGUGGCACAGAGUAUAGAUCUCCUGGAUGCACUGAGGAAUAUACUGUCAUUGAGCGAGAUCUUCAGCAAGCUGGAGAAGAAGAAGCCUUGUUAAUGGAAGGUGAUAUUGGUGGAGGGUUGAUCGUGGAGAGAUAUAUAUCUAUUCCAAAGACUGAACCCAAUGCUGUCCAAAUUGAAUCCAGUAUCAUAGGCCGAAAUGUUGGUGCUGGUUCUGGAGGAUUUUCAAGGCUUGUGUGCUUGCGUGUGCAUCCAACAUUUGCUCUCAUGCACCCUACAGAAUCAUUUGUAUCAUUUACCGCAGUUGAUGGAUCUAAGCAUCAGAUUCAUCCAGAGUCAGAUGAGUUGUCUUACGAGGGUGACCAGCGACCAAAUGGAGAAUGGGCACUAGUUGAUAAAUGUCUCGGUGUUAGUCUUGUCAGCCGGUUUGAUAUCAAAGAAGUUUACAAGUGUUUGAUCCACUGGGGUACAGGAACUGUUAAUAUGGAGCUCUGGUCAGAGCAAAGGCCUGUUUCUAAGCAAUCACCUCUAAGCAUAUCACAUGAAUACAGGGUGAACAUGACUUAGUACCUCGUAUCUUCUCCGUAAUCGUACAAAAAGCAGGAAAAGGAUCCAGAUAUCAAGUACCGCUGUACCGAGUGGUGUGUCUGGAUUCAUGCUCACAGCCUUUGCAUUGAUAUAAUGAAAAAUGAAUGUUUUGAAGUAACUAGAUUUAAUUAAUUAUGUUUUUUGUAAUAAUGACACAAGUGAAAAGUGCUUAAAUACCGUACCUUACUUGGUCAUUCUGAUGAACAAAUUCUCUCGCGGAUAGAUAUUUCAUUUGCCUAAUGCCUAUAUAUAGUGUUUAUAAAUUCCUAGUA